UCACACUACCGUUCAUUUUGCUAUCCCUCGUCCACGUUGUGUGCUGAUGGCGCUUUAACCAAACAUAAGAUCAACCUGAUUGAGCAUGUAAUCUCUUUCGUCGAUGUCUUCAUCACCCAUCGGUGGGAAUUCUCCGUUUAUCUGAGGCGCCCCGCUGCAUCUUGCUGGUUAUCUGCUUUUCUUCUCUAUUGCCUUCUGCCUUUUCGACGUCUCCUGUCUCUUGCUUCCAAACAUCCGUCCGUACAUUUAUCUUAUGCAUUUGCUUCUUUUCAAUGCAUUUUUAUAUACUUUUCUUGUGUUUUUUGUUCUGCCUGACUAUCUUUUGAUGUCCAACUACAAACUCCCCUUGAUUCUCUUUGCAAUUGAAUCGAAGGAUAAUUUUAUUGAUUCAGAUCACACCAUAGUUUCAUAUUGGUGGGUUGUGUCAGAACAGGCUGUUGGUAGGAAUGGUGGCGGGAGCGAAGCCGUUGCUUCCUCAGAGGCUAAGUUGAACUCAAGGCAGGCGGCAGUGUUUGACCAUUGGUAGACUCAAAGAUUAGGGGAAAAUCAUCAGGAAAACGCAGUGAUAGUAUUUGGGCAAGCGAGUCAAGAUGGAAAAAAAAAAUUCAUUCAAGCAGAGAGGAAAAUGAGCAACCGUCAGCUCAGAAUGCAUGAUGUACGCCAGACAACCUAAGGUGGGAACAGAGGGGGCGUGUUUCUCAACUGAGGCUGAGGGUAUCGAAUACAAUAAUGUCCGACUUGGCAUGGAGGAAACAUGAGUUCACAGAUAUAAGCCCAAACUCUCCGCUCUGAUAAUGAAAUCCGCUGCUAUUCCCGAGAAUAUUUCGUGGUAUGCUGAAUU